CUCCAGCACCUCCUCACCCAUCCUUCACUCUCGCUCCCUCUCUCCGUCUCUCUUGUUUUAAGCUUUUCUGCUUGUGCAAUAGUCAAUAAUUUAUUGUCAGUGACGCUGCCUACAGGUCCUGGUGCGGAGAAAGCAGCCCAGCUCGUCAUUCCUGCAGUGUGCUCUUUGGCAGCAGCUCCUGAGAGAAAGCUUGCACGGACCUAAGGAAGCUGCAGAGCACACACACCCACUGAGGACACGCUGGACUAUCCUCACUCCCCCUCCCCUCCUUCCUCUCUCUCUCUCUCAUGCUGUCUCUCCUAACUCUGCACUCAGCAUUAUCAGAGCUGCUGGGAUUGUAGGCAGGCUGAUCAUCACCUCCAAACACGCCACUUUCCACACAGGAGAAACUUCAAACACCUAAAGGAUGCUGGACCCCAGGCAGAGAUGGAUCUGCUUGUCGCUCCUGUGUCUGUGCCUGUGCCUGCCGAGGGAAUCGAACGCCAGGAGAGCCCCCAAGAUCCCCCGAUGUCCUGCAACCUGCUCCUGCACCAAAGAUAGUGCCUUCUGCGUGGACACCAAGGCCAUCCCGAAGAGCUUCCCCCCAGGAAUCAUCUCUCUGACGAUGGUGAACGCCGCCUUUACCACAAUCCCAGAAGGCGCUUUCUCACACCUUCACCUGCUGCAGUUCCUGUUGUUGAACUCUAACACAUUCACCACGAUUGCUGAUGAUGCCUUUGCUGGUCUGUCUCACCUGCAGUACCUGUUCAUCGAGAACAACGACAUCCAGGCUCUCUCAAAGUACACCUUCAGAGGACUCAAAUCUCUCACUCACCUAUCUCUAUCAAACAACAACCUGCAGCAGCUGCCAAGAGACAUCUUUAAACACCUUGACAUCCUCACAGAUUUGGACCUGCGGGGGAACUCUUUCCGCUGUGACUGUAAAAUCAAGUGGCUUGUGGACUGGAUGGAGAAAACCAACACCUCUGUUCCUGCGAUCUAUUGUGCCAGCCCCUUUGAAUUCCAGGGACGCAGGAUUCAUGAUCUCGCACCACGAGACUUUAACUGCAUCAGCGCAGAUUUUGCUGUCUACGAGACCUUCCCUUUCCACUCGGUGUCUGUGGAGUCAUAUGAGUUCAGUGGUGAUCAGUUUGUGGCCUUUGCUCAGCCUGAUUCAGGAUUUUGUGCACUGUAUAUUUGGGACCAUGUGGAGAUGGUCUUCAGGAAGUUUCACAACAUCACCUCUCGCUCUGCUGUCUACUGCAAACCAGUGGUGAUAGCUGACAGUCUUUACAUGGUUGUAGCCCAACUUUUUGGUGGAUCUCAUAUCUACAAGUGGGAGGAGGACCCUCAUCGCUUUGUAAAGAUCCAGGACAUCGACACCACCCGUGUGAGAAAGCCAAACUUUGUCGACACCUUCCAGAUUGAUGGAGAAUGGUACUUUGUGGUGGCAGACAGCUCCAAAGCAGGCUCCACCAGCAUUUAUCGCUGGAACAGCAAUGGCUUCUACUCCCACCAGUCCCUCCACCCCUGGCAUCGGGACACCCAUGUGGAGUUCCUGGAUGUGGGAGGAAAGCCUCACCUGAUCCUCUCUAGUGCCUCUCAGCCUCCAGUGGUUUACCAGUGGAACAGAAACCAGCGGCAGUUCGCUUUCUUCUCCCAGAUCACCGAGCUGGCCGACGUGCAGAUGGUGAAGCACUUCUGGGUGAGGAAAGUUCUCUACCUCUGCCUUACACGCUUCAUCGGUGACUCCAAGAUCAUGCGCUGGGAGGGGCAGCGCUUUGUGGAGAUUCAGACUCUUCCUUCUCGGGGCUCGAUGGCGGUGUACCCUUUCUCAGUGGGCCUCCGUCAGUACCUCAUCCUGGGCAGUGAUUUCUCCUUUUCCAGAGUUUACCUGUGGGAUGACCUAACUCAGCGCUUUCAGCCUUUCCAGGAGCUCAACAUGAGAGCGCCGCGAGCGUUCAGCCUGGUCUCUGUCGACAACAAAGACAUCCUGCUAGCUGCAAGCUUCAAAGGCAACACCUUGGCCUACCAGCACCUGGUGGUGGAUCUCAGUGCAAAGUAGACAUGUUGUUAAAGUGAAAGAUGUUUCUGCGUAUAUUUCAACACGUGCCAAAUAAAUAAGACUGCAAAAUGUUUAAGCCAUGUAACUAAAGUUCUGCUGUUUCACCUGUGUUUAAGCGAGGCAACUAAUUAAACUAUUUUUAUGCACUAUCCCGUAACAUCUGAAUGGAUUGAUGUGAUAACACACAGCAUCAGCAACAUGCCAACACAAGUGUCUUGUCACUGCCGCAUCACUGCUUCUGUACAGCAGAAAAUAUAUCCAGGCCAAGACUUUUGAGAGUAAUUUAUUGUACAUUGUGCUUUGAUAAUGUGAAAAUGAUGUGCAUGUGCGACUACAGAAUUAUUCACUGAAUGUGAUAGCUGACUAAGCUGUGGAGAUUUGUAAGUUACUCAGUUUAAGUUAUCCAUGUAUAACACUGCAUGCCAUGGCUCAAAUUGUAUAACUAUGUAAACAAGCAAUACUUACCUACGCAAUACUUAAAAUCCUUGAUUAUGUUUAUUUUUAGGAGAUACCUCUGAGUCUGUUUGGGAUUAAAUGGAAUUAAUGUUCAUUCUGGGAUUAGAGCCAACAAGGGGCAUGAGUAAAACACAGGAGUGGCCUCUAAAUGAACUUAAGGCUUGUAUAGUUAUAUUUUUUACAAAGAUUAUUUUAGUUUUAAAGGCUUUUAAUCUUAUUUUGUUACAUUUAUCAAAUCUCAAAUUGUGCCCCAACACUUUGACAUUAUAUCUCGUAAUUGUACUUUACUAAUGUGGAAAUGAUAUGCAUGUGCAUCUUCUGAUUUAUGCACUUGAUGGGACUGGAUACUGAAACUGACUGUUAAACUAAUGGGGGUAACAUUAGGCUGCUGCACAGCAUUCUUUUGGGAUUAUUACAAAUAGCCAGUUUGGAAAGAGUUAAAUACACAUUAGGGGGUUUCAAUAAUAGCUACAAUAAUGUCAGAGAAUGUAUUAACAUUAUGAAAUGUGUUCAUCAUGUCUUAUGUCUUUAUGUGGAGUCACAAACUGUAUUUAGCCCAACUGUUGCUGUGUCUAUUUGCACAUGGAGAGUCUGAUGAUAAGAGGAAAUUAUUAAAUGUAGA